UGCAAGUGUUGCAGACUUGCAUAGUACUAAUAAUAUAUUAUAUAUAUAUAUAUAUAUAUAUAUAUAUAUAUUCUGCCAGAUAUUUAGAAUCAUAUCUGAUAUGGUGAACAACCAUCAUAGCUUUCAUUGAUUUUUCCACAGUAAAUUCAGUUUCGCUCAGCAAAAAUAGUGAUCAAGAAGAAGCGAUUGUUGUGAGAAUUCAAAGGUAGCAGCAGCUAUGGCAGAGAAGGAAGGAGCAAUUAUCAACAAGGGGCAUGAGGAAGGUUUGAAAAUGGCACUUUCCCUAAUGGAGGAAUUCGAACUCCCAUUGGGGCUACUCCAUCUUGCUGAUGUGAUCGAAGUGGGGUUUGUGAAGAACACAGGCUACAUAUGGGUCAAGCACGAAAAAAAAUUUGAGCACAAGUUCAAGAUGAUCGGCAAACUGGUAAGUUAUGAUACAGAAAUGAGUGGAUACGUCGAAAAGAGGAGAAUCAAGAACCUCAAGGGAGUGAAGGGUAGGGAGUUGAUGUUAUGGCUUCCAGCUUAUGAGAUCACUGUGGAUGAUCCUCUUACUGGAAAUGUUCAAAUCAAGAGUCUGGCUGGCAUCACCAAAACUUUUCCAGCUGAAGCUUUUGCUGCUGCUGAAAUGCAGGGUUAAUCCAUGCUCCACAGUUGCACUGCAUGCCUGCCCAAUUGAAGUAACCAAGCCGAGCUUUGCAACCCAGGCACUGAAGCUUAUCUUGGACACAACCAUCUUCCAC